AUGGCUCGCCUUUCGCGGCUCUACCUCCUCGCCUACAACUCCCUGCAGGCCAUCGGAUGGUCCGUCGCCCUGCUCCGUCUCCUCCCCUGCCUCGCCCCUCCCGUCUCCGUCCGCCCCGCGUACGCCGCCGCCGGCGACCUCAUAUGCUUUCUGCAGACCUGCGCGGUUCUUGAGACCGUCCAUGCCGCCGUCGGAUUGGUACCCACCUCGCCGUUUCUUGUUUUCCUGCAAUGGGGAGGGAGGACACACUUCAUCCUCGCCCUUCUCCGGCAAACCCCUGAGGUUCAGGGCAGUCCCUCUGUGUUAAUAACGUUUAUGGCUUGGAGCAUAUCUGAGGUCAUUCGAUACUCUCACUAUGCUCUGACUACGUUAAAAGUUUGUCCAGCAUGGCUGACUUACCUCAGUGUGCCUACAAAGACACUUUUCCUUAAUCUUGUAAUCCACUGUUGUGCUCUACUCUCCUUGCCAUGUCUGCAUGCAAUGUGGACUAUGUACCAAGCUCUUCCAUUUGUAAAGGAGAGGGACCUCUACUCAGGCUUCUUUGCAAAGUUCUCCAUGAGCUACCAUUCUUUUCUGGUGGGUGUGCUGCUGUGCUAUCCACUGCUGUGGCUGAAGCUGUACCUGCAUGUGUUCAAGCAGCGCAAGUCCAAGCUGGGAAAGGUGGACAAGAAGAAACGGGCAUGA